AUGGUCGACGCCGAGACGCCACUCCUAUGGUGUGUGGACGAGCUCAAUGUAGCGACGCGUCGUGGGCACGUGGUGCGUAAAGUGAGAGAGCGCUAUUUACGCGAUGAUUUGAGCUGCUCGCUACCAAGUUGCUCACUCUGCUGCACUGACAAUGACGCAUCAGCAGCCACGUACGUGUUAGGCAUGACAAAGACCCUGCUGGGAGAUUGUCCGAGAGAUGGUAUGUAUUUAUUACCAUCCAUGAAGACUGUUUUAUUACAGAUGGACACUUUAGAGUUUUCAAUUAAAAAGACAAAGAUGGACACUUGUGAAGUGUUUGCAGAUGUUUUAAUCUUGGAGACAGUAUGGGAGUUUGUUAAACGACAAGAUCUAGGUGUCUACAAUCGUCUUCGAGCACUGUUGAUGAAUCCUGAUAGACGCUUUGUUGUCUUUGCAAACGAACAUCACAGGUCCUGUUUUGUUCAAAAGAAGCAGAUGCUGCCAAAAGGUUAUAAAGAAAAUAACUUGGAGGACAUUUUGGAGACCGAAGAAGAUCGUAAUAAACGUGCUGUGGCCACUGCUUGGAUGUGGUAUACUCACCACAUAAAAGAGCUUGAGAGGAGCAAUAAAGUUCGCGUUCAGUUCUUGGCCAAUGACGCAGAAGACUUGAUGCACGCUGAGGAGUUUGGAGUAAAGGGUGGAAUGACCAUUGCUAAUUUUCUCAAGCCUAUGGCUAGUGAGGCCCCGGAACUAAUGGAUCUGUUGUCAGCUUCAGCUGCGGAGGAGAAACAGUUGACACCUGAAGGGGUGAGUAGCAUCAAGGGACGUGGAAGCAGUAAGAAAAAAUUGUAUCCAGAGCAUUUGCCAGCCGCAGAAUUGCUUGCUGGGAUAAAGAACAAGAGAUUAUUUAAAGGCACGAUUCGGUGCAAUCGUGAUCAUUGGCUUGAGUGCCAUGUGUUGAUUCAUGGAACAAACGGAGUACAGAUCCCAGUGAUGUUAUAUGGCCGAGAACAUAUUAACCGCGCGAUUGACGGAGAUUUGGUUGCUAUUCAAGUGCUUCCUAAGGAGCAGUGGAAGAAAGCAUCCGAUUUGUUUGCUGUGAAGGGCUCCGCUACCGCACAGACGGCUGAAGAAGCCGAUGAAGACAAAGAGGACGGGCAUCCAGAAAUUGUUGGUGUAGCUGAGCCAACUGUGGCUCUAGAAGAAGCGGCGCUUGUGCAGAACGAAGCUGCUCACAAUGUAGCUCCUGCUGGACGGGUUGUAGGUAUCAUCCAACGCAACUGGCGCAAGUUUUGCGGGUCGCUGGAGCCCCCGCGAGACGGAGUGACGCUUAAUGCGUCUGGAAGCUGUUUAGUUGUGCCCGUCGAUCGAAAAGUGCCAAAGAUUAUGAUUCAAACACGGCAGCAAGAACUUCUCAUGGAUAAAAGGUUGUUAGUGGCAGUUGACUCCUGGCCUGCUGAGAGCAAAUUUCCGCUGGGCCAUUAUGUUCGUACGCUUGGUGUUAUUGGUGACAAAGAGACAGAGACGAAUGUCCUUUUGAUCGAGCACGACAUUCCGUGCGAUCAGUUUAGCGACGAGGUGAUGCGCUGUCUGCCCCCAGAGGACUGGAAAAUUACGCCUGAAAACUCGACGGGGCGUCGCGACCUGCGUGACUUACCAGUCAUGAGCAUUGAUCCACCUAAUUGUAAGGACAUUGACGAUGCGCUGCAUGCGAUACUUCUGCCGAAUGGAAAUCUGCAGGUGGGUGUGCACAUUGCUGACGUGACGCAUUUUGUGGCACCAGCCAGUCCACUUGAUGAAGAGGCUGCUGACCGUGGAACGUCGACUUACCUCGUCGAUCGCCGUCUGGAUAUGCUUCCUGGCCUGCUGACGACCAAGCUCUGCUCACUUACGUCCACAGAAGACCACUUCGCUUUUAGCGUAUUGUGGGAGAUAAAGCUUGUCGGCGACAACGACGUCCAGAUUGUCGAUGUGUCUUUCUGCAAAAGUCUUAUUCGCUCUGUUGCUUCGCUGUCUUACCAACAGGCUCAAGAGCUUUUGGACGAUCCAAGCGCAGGUGCCGUGUAUGACGAGACUGCAAAGCCAAAGAAAGAGGAGAAAGAAAGUGAAAAGGAAUUUGAGCAACGCCAAUUGUUGGGAAGUGGCAUCAAGACACUGAAUGUGAUCGCUACACGCCUGCGUGCCAAGCGUAUCGAGGCAGGUGCUUUGACACUGGCUUCACCUGAAGUGCGUUUUGUGCUUGACACGGAAACACAAAAUCCGCUGGACGUGCAAAUGUACACUCUUCGUGACACGAACGCUCUUGUAGAAGAGUUUAUGCUUUUGGCAAACAUUACUGUUGCCAAGAAGAUCGUGCGUCAUUUCCCGACCUUUUCCAUGCUUCGCCGGCAUCCAGCUCCUUCCAAGCGUCAGUUUGAUCUACUUUGCAGCCAAGCAAAGGCAGUGGGUGUUGACUUGCACGUGGACACAUCCAAGCAGCUGCAAGAUUCGUUAGAUUCUGCUGACAUUCUUGCCAAACAAGAAGUAGUGAGUUGCAACAGAAGCAAGCGGAAACAUGGCAACAAAGCAAACCCUUACUUCAAUAAGCUACUGCGUAUCAUGACAACACGAUGUAUGAUGCCGGCUAGCUACUUCAGCUCAGGCGAGGUGGCACCGCCGGAAUUUCAUCACUACGGUCUAGCGGCUCCAAUCUACACGCAUUUUACAUCACCUAUUCGACGAUAUGCUGACGUAGUUGUUCAUCGUCUGCUGGCUGCUGCCAUUGGUGUUGCACCACUCCCAAGCUACCUCGAGAAUAAGUCUCACCUACACGAGAUUAGUGACCAGCUUAAUCGACGUCAUCACGCUGCACAACUUGCUGGUCGAGCUUCUGUGACUCUACACACGGUGCUAUAUUUCCAGCAGUAUCCCACACGGACGGACGCUGUAAUCACAAAGGUCAAGAACAAUGGUGUGGGUGUCUUGUUGCCACGUUUUGGUAUUGAAGGCAUGAUUUUUCUAUGUGAAAAGGGUGAACAAGAUGAUGAGAAUGUGAUCAAGUAUGAUGCCACUUGUCACUCGCUAAUGCUUGUACAAAAGCAAAAUCGAAUUUUGCAGGUCUUUGAUCGGGUGCGUGUCAAGGUGUACGUUGCCCUUACUUUUGGCAAUCGCCAGGAACUUAAGAUGGAUUUAUUAGACGAAGAUGACAAUGCAGACGAUGAGCCCGUGGGUGAACAACAUAAGGAAGCAGAAACGAACUUUCGAGCUGGGUGGAAGAAACGUCGAGUAGCUGCGUAA